ACAUUAUACUUGACGGGUAAAGGACACGUUGCCAGGAUUCCUUAACCUUUUUUGACAUUCCUGUCCCUGGUAAACCAGCCCAAGUUGAACUUCAAUCGAAACAUUAAUGAGAUAUCAGGGCUAAAAUGGGAAGUAAAACUAAUCGAAGCAUUUUUCGUCUUAAAGUCCGUGGAUCCAUUUUAUACGAAAAUUUAGAGUUAGGGCUUCAAAUGUGAAGCAUCAUCAUCCAUGGAAGCCGCUAAGGAACGAGAAGCCGGACCACUGCACCAGAUCCUCCCUCCGCGAAUCGAAGAUGCAGGGCUAGAAGACUGCGCCCUCCCGCCGGAUUCCAUCAAAGAAGCUUUCCUAAAAGCCGCCACGGCCGUGAAGUCACGCGCCGCGUCGAUAUUCACGACAUCCGAUGACGAAGAAACGGUGACCUCCUUCUCCGAAGGAGGCUGCGUCGAGGACCCAUGGCCCAGAGCUGCAAAGGGAACGCAGGACACGGUGGUCGGAGCAUCGCCGGAGCACGAAGCUCCGGGGCCAUGCGCCACGGAGAAGGGAAGCGGAGUGCCCGGAGUUGGGGGUGAUGAUGUGGUUGUGGGUGGCGAGGCCGACGUGGAGGAGAGGUGGGAUAAGGUAGUGGUCGGGGAGGAGGAAAUAGCGAGUAGGGAAGGAAAAGCGUGUGUGGAAGGAUUGGAGGGUUUGGAGAUUGGAGACAACGUGAAGAAUGGUGAUGGCGAUGGUGAUGAUGAGAGAGGUGAUGAAAAAAAGCAAACUUUAACUGAGGGUUUUGCUUGAAAUAGAUUAGCAAGUAAUGUGUUUUGGAAUCUCGGAGCCAAAAUUGAUUCCCGUGGAAUGUCCGGUUGUUGUUGAUUGUUGUCUAUAUGUUGAGUCUAUAAGUUUAGUUGCUUUUACAAGCAAUGGGAAUAAACAUGGUAACUCAUAAUCAUCUAUUUAUGAUUUUGUGGAGAUUACUUUGAUGUUUUGUGGUUAAUGUUAUUUGGUUCGGGCGAAGUUGGGAUU